AUGGAGGCUGAGCGCCAGAUGCAAGAAGCUGCUUUGGCAGCGUUCCCCAACAGUCGCCCGCGUGAAGGAGGUGCCGCUCAUUUCUAUUUCAGAGAGAGUUCGGGAGACGACAGCACACCGGAGAGCGUCUCACCACAGCAGUCCGGCACUCAGGCCAAGCCAAGGGGCCGCCAUGGCCAUGCUCCCCGCCGCAAGUCUUCAGAAGUUGGAUAUUGGCAAAAGGAGAUGCAGAAGCAUGCUCAGGACUUGGCUGUUGCCAGAGGCGAGCACGCGCCUGUCUUUGAUGACGAUGACGAUGAGAGCACCAAGAACGAUUCUGAACUCGACAGGAUGGAACUCGACACCCCGCCGGAUCCCAUGUGGUUGACUAACAAGAGAAACCACACAACCGACACCAGCUCCAAGGGACCAUUGGAACCGAUUGGCGAGAGUUUCAUGCCGCUAAUCGCGCCUGAUCCAAUCGCUACUCAAGAUACACGCCGUCCGGAGCUUCCUCCCCCAGAGCCGGUGAGUAAGCCAAUUGGUGACACUGGCAUGCCAUUCAUUCCGCCAGAUGCGGCCGGCAAGCCUGCCCAAGUGCCUAUCGCCGCACCUGCGCAGAUCGUUCCUGAAACUGGCUUCCGAAAGCCCCAAGGCGGAUUCGGCCGCCCGUUCGGCAACUUCGGACUCCCUGCGGAGACAAGCGAGUUUCGCAAGAUGCGUAAGGCGGCGUCCCCGCCGAUGCUGGGCAAGGACCUGGUUUUCCGAAAAUGCCCCUCGCCGAAGCAGACCAAACUUGAGCCGGACCACCCCUUCACCGAAGGCCCGACUGUCGAGGAGAGAAACAGGGAUGCCACGGGCGAAGCCGGCUUGUGGAGGGGCUACUGCUUCCGGGGCAGCGAAAGCGAUCAGGCCAUUGUACCACCGCAUCUUCAAGGCCCCAGAAUGCUGCAUACACCGCUUCCAGCCGCCACCCCUGCGGACCCAUUCGCUGCAGCCUUUAGCAAGAGCUCAUUGACGGAUGAGCCUGGAUCGGACUAUGCGUCUGCGACUCUGACACCAAACACAGCUGAGCACCGCGUUCGAUCGGGCGAGGCCAAGGGUCUUCACAUGCUCGCUGGCCUGGAAGACCGCCUCAAGCGCGAAAAAGCAUUGGAGGAGAAGAUUGCGUCGGAAUUCGACGACAUCUUUAUCACGCAGGUCUACAACUACUUGUCACUGGGAUACCCCGCUAUGGCAAGGUCCUUUGACGAGGAACUUGCCAAGAUUGCUCAAGUCAGUGUUGAAGAGCUUGAAGCUGAUGACGCAAAGCAGAUGGCAAGCGGUCAUUUGAUGGAGCCGGCUGAGGCUGAGUUGGCAGAGGAGAAGAGAUGCCCGAGAUGGAAGGCGCUAAAGUCCUACAUCUACGAGUGGGCUAGACAACACCCGGACCUGGACAGCCUGGAUUCCCUCGCAUGGGGUGUACGAGAGAGACGAGGCAGUUGGGCCAUUUAG